UGAGCCGCACGAGCAGCGGCGCCCCCGCCAUGAUCGCCCCCGCCGCCGCUUUCGCUUUCGUUUCCCGAUCGCUGCCCUCUGUUCCCCGCCCCGGGCCCUGCCCCAGCUCCGGGCGCCGAGGGGCUCACGGCAGUGCCGCACCAAGCCGCUCCAUGGGGGCCUUCCAGGGUUACUUUGCAAGGACCUCGGAAGAGGAGAUCGGUUUAGGGUCAAGCAUGGUAAUGGAUGAGGUCAGCUUGAUGAUGCCCAUCAAUAAAGAUGCCUAUGAAGCUUUUAAGAGAAGAGACAAUUGUCUAAGUAAUCUCAUUUCCCAAAAGUUUGCUUGUAUGUUGACCUUCAAAAGCACUCUUGAAGUAUACAGGAAAGAACUGAAGGGAAUUGACAUUUGUGUUUGUAAGGGUGAUCUCACAAGACACAAGGUCGAUGCUUUGGUGAAUGCAGCCAAUGAAUGCCUACAGCAUAAAGGAAGUCUUGCUCUCGCCCUUGUGGCAGCUGGAGGGUCAGAAAUACAAGAGGAAAGCGACAUUUAUGUUCAGAAGCAUGGCAGACUCCGAGUUGGUGACAUAGCAGUAACAGGUGGAGGGAAGCUUCCUUGUAAGGUGAUAAUUCAUGCAGUUGGCCCAAGGUGGGAUGCUUCUGAAAAGGAAAAAUGUUGUUGCCUACUUGAGAAGGCUAUUAUGAAUGUUCUGUACUGUGUUAGUGCUCCACGAAGUACCAUAGAGUCUGUGGCUAUCCCAGCAGUGAGCUCAGGUGUCCUUGGCUUCCCACUCGAGUUGUGUGUUCAGGUGAUUGUAAUGGCUGUAAGGCAGUUUGUUGAGGUACGUCCACCAAGCUUUCUCAGGGAAAUCCGCCUGGUGAACAUUGAUGAGGCUACAGUUGCAGAAAUGAAGAAGGCCUGUGAAAAGUUUCUGGAUGAUACCAGUUCACUUCAGGGAACUGUGUUGUCUUCACCAAGCCAGUCUUUAACUUCCAUCAAAUAUGAAGACAUUCACUUGCGCAUCACAAGAGGAUACCUUGAUGAGCAGAAGACUAGAGCUGUUGUUAACUGCGUGUUUAAGAGUGGGAAUCCUCCCAGCCCAUUUUCAAGACUGCUGCAAAAAGCUGGUCCAGGUCUUCAGAAGGAACUGAGGAAUCAUUUUAGUUUUUCGACACAUUAUAAGGAACUCAUAGUAACAGAAGGGUAUGAUCUGCCUUGUGAGUUUGUACUGCACGUGCUAUUGAGAGAACACGAACACCUGGUGUUACAGUAUGAGGAAUUAAAGCAUGCAGUGAAAAGAUGCCUGAGUCAGGACCAGCAAUGUUCCUCAGUUUCUUUUCCAGUAAAGUGGUCGUUAAAGCUGCCUGUUGAUAUAGUGGCAGAGACCAUGAUUGAAGAGGUUUUAAAUUUUGCCAGGGCACACCCUGAGAAGAAGAGAGAUGUGCAGUUUGUCGUUUGCCCAGAUGACCAUAAUGCCUAUCAGGUUUUCCAGAGAAAAUUCUAUUCAGCAAAACACAAACUGGAGAACAGAAGUGAUCCACUGAGUGCAGAGCCAGGCAUCCAAAGCAUAAAAGACACUGCAAAUGAAGAACAAGUGAUUGCAAUUACAGGGAGAACACACACAGCAGUGGAAGCAGCAGAAUCGUGGCUGCGGAGUGUGGUACAAAUUCAGGAAGGUCACCGUGCUGUUAUUAAAAACAACUAUAUUUUUUGCCUCGGUAAAAAGGAGUUUGCAGAACUCAUUCAAGAUAUGCCUUCUAAUGUACAUAUGUCAGAAGUAGUGAGAGGUGGAAAAGCAACACUGGAAUUUAAAGGCCCUCCUGAUGCUGUGAUUGAUGCAGUGCUCACAACUGAGAAUUUGCUCCUUCGUAUGCAAGAGAAGACUAUGGCUGAACAAAAGAAACUGCUCCACUCAAUGUGCCAACCAGAAGCAGGUCAACUUUCAGAAGAAGACCUUCACGAGGCAAAUACCACUAAAUCCAUCAAGAUUUUACCAGUAGAGUCACACCUCCAGGAGUUUAAAGACAGACAGAAACAGUUUGAAAAAGCUGGACUUCGUGUUCUCAAGAUUGAAAAGAUACAUAAUCCUCUUCUAUCUGAUGCAUUCCAACAAAUGAAAAAAAGAAUAGAAGAAAGACAAGAUAUCUCCAAAAUAACCCACAAGUUGUACCAGCAGGUUCCUGCUGAGUUCUGUAGUUCAGUUUGCCAGACUGGAUUUCACAGGAUGUAUUCUCCACCAAAAGAACAAAAUUAUGGACCUGGCAUCUACUUUAAAAGGAACCCAAGAAACCUUAUGGAGGAUAACGCUAUGGGGGAAAUGGACUCUAAAAUGUAUGUGUUUGAGGCUGAAGUAUUAACAGGCUUAUACACUAAAGGCCAGUCUAAUAUUAUUAUGCCUCUGGCUGUGGAGGGGGAUGCCUUUAGGAUAUAUGACAGUUUGGUAAAUGAUAUGGCUAAUCCUGACACCUUUGUCAUUUACAACAGUGUUGGGGCCCUUCCACAAUAUUUGCUGACUUGUUGCCCGGUGACUAAGCAUUAUGCAGCUGGAAACAGCAGCAUCCUGAAUUAG